CAUCUCAAUUCCUAACACAACUGAACUGCAACCGACAAGCUUCCCGGAAACUUUGACAGAACAGGUGAAAGGUUUGAACGUGAGCGGGAGAGAGAGAGAGAGAGAGAGAGAGAGAGAGAGAGAGAGAGAGAGAGAUGAGCGUGUUUGGUGGAGAUAGCUGGGCAAGGGAGGCACAACACAGGAAGAGGAGAGUGGAGGAUCUGAUGGAGGAGGGCCUCAAUAAAGAGGUCGAUUCUAACCCUACUUACAAGAAGCUCUGUAAUGGCAAGUACACCUGCCACGUCUGCCCUCACCAUCCCAUCCUCGAUUCCUCUCUCAUGCUUUCUAUGCACUGUAAGGGAUCAUGUCACAGUGCUGCUCUGUCCAAGUUUAGGGAUAGAGAAUUAAGGAAACAAGAAGAGAUAACGAAGAGAAUGGCGUUAUCUGAUUGUGAUAUUGGUGCUGCUAGCUCCGAUAUCUCUAGUCAACAGUUCAAGUUACGUGGCAAACCAUUGAUUGAACAGACACGAAAGGCUAGAUCUGAGGCACUUUGCAACCAAACAGUCAAACAAAAUGCUGCAAAUGAAACCUGUAAUGGGAAACUCAGUAGGGGCUCAUCUUCAUUCUUUUCUCCCACUGCCCCUCCUGCCCCUAAACAGAGAACAGAGGCAUCAAUGAUGGUGACAUCUACACCCUCUGAAUCUAACAAGAAUAGUGGAUGGCAAAGUAAAGCAGAUUCUAGGUUGCUUGUGCAGCAGCAAUUGGACUUUCGGGAGCGUCAAGAGAGAGAACUCAAAUUUACAGCUGCAGGCUGGAAGCGUGAUUGCCAUGGAAGGUGGUUUAGAGAUGAAAAUGUUGAGUUCGACUCUGAUGAGGAAGAUCCAAAUGUCUGCCUCGUGUAAGUUUUGUGUUUGCCUACAUUGAUUGGUGUCAAUUAUUUCUUAUGGACUGUGGAACCAAAUUCUUUUGAGUGGGGCUGUGGAAAAUGAUCAUGACCGAUCAACCGCCAGAUCAGGCAUCAAAUCCGGUGUAGAGAAGAUCAACAAGUGUAUAUUUGAUACAGGCUCACUAGAUCUGAAAUGGAAGGGAGAAUUUUACACAUUGGACCAAUGGACACCUUAGAAGGAUUUGUUGUAAACUGGAAGUGUUCAUUAACACCAAGUGGGUGGGUUCUGGGUUCUUUCAAAGUGUCAGUAGCGGAAUUCCUUCUCUUUGGGGACCGUAUUUGAGAGCAGAAACAUCUGGACUAAGCCCUUCAAAUUCUUUGAUGCAUUGAAUUCUCAUGAGUACCGGGAGGUGAUUCUUAAGGGCUGAAAUGGAAAGGUAGCAUCUAACAUGAAGUCUCUUGCCACUCUUUCAGCUAAACUCAAGAAUGUAAAGCAAAAGUUGAGAAGAUGUUCAAAGCACCUGUUCGGGGUUGUGUUUGAGAGAUUUGAGGAAUCAAAGGCCGGUCAUCUUCAGCCCCUACAAAGAGCCCUUGCCCAAGACCUCAUAAAUGAGCAGCUUGUGCUGGAGGAGGAGGCUAAGGUGAACCUCAUGGAAGCAGUGAAGGUGGAGGUGGCUUUCUUGAAACAGAAAUCCCAGUUUGGUGGUUGCAACUUGGCAAUGGAAACAACAGCUAACUGAUUGCAAGCAAUGGUUGGACAUUUGGGUUUCUCACAAUCAUUAUGCUUUUAUAAAAGGCCGAUCUAUUGCAGAAACAAAAGAAUUUACACCCUUCGGUCGCUCUUUAAAUCGACCUCCAUAAGGCCUAUGCCUCGCUGAGCUGAAUCUUCUUGUUUGAAGUCAUGGAUUAUAUUGGUUUUCAGUCAAAGUUCAUUGGAUUGUAUUAGGCAUGUGUAGAAUCAGCUAUGUUUUAUAUUGAUGAAUCGUAGCCUAGUAGGGUACUGUUGAGUGUGGAAGGGGAUUUCGGCAAGGGGACCCAAUGUCUCGUUACCUCUUCACCAUUGCUAUGGAAGCAGUGUCAAGUAAUGAAGCAAAACCGGGUGCUUGAGAAUAAAAUCAAGCUCCGCCCUAGGUGUAAAUCUCUGUUGUUUUCUCAUCAAGCUCCUCUUUAAUAUGUUUAGUAAGCACUUGAAAGGGUGGAAAA